AUGUCUCAGUCGUACUUUCCCACCACGCUUGCACCGGUCAACGUAACGAGCGGACCGUUCAGCCCAUUCAGCCCGAUGAACGACAGUGUUCCGCAGACGCCGUUGGAUGCGACAAAUGCACUCUCGAAUGGACAAGAGGCACAGACAGCCUAUGUGAACCAGCGGGACCGAUUGACGACUGCGGCUGGCCAGACUCUGUCCAAGAACGCAGGCACUGCCACCCGAUCGAUGUCGUUUGUCGAUGAUCCCACCAAUGCGACUGACGUGGUGUAUAACCGCCCUCGUGCCGGUGGCCGCCGCGAACUCACUCUUGUGUCUGAGCUUGGCGAGGCUCCCAAGGGCGAUCAGCAUGAGUAUCUGCCCAACGAUGAGUUCCAUGUGCUUCGACUGGACCUCUCGAUGGGAAAUGGAUCGCACAGCCCCUCGUCUCUCGUCUCUACGCUCGAGAAACAGUCGAUUGCCCAUCUGCUCGAUGACCGUCUCGAUGCUGCCCUCGCCCACGUCAACAAGCUCAAGGUCCGUAUCGCCGACACCCGCAGCAAGGUCCUCGUCACUGGUGACUUGAACGCCGGCAAAUCGACCCUCGUCAAUGCUCUCCUCCACCGCGAUGUUCUUCCGAUCGACCAGCAGCCCUUGACCUCGAUAUUCUGUGAGGUCCAUGAUGCAAUCGACAAUGGUGGAGUCGAAGAAGUCCAUGUCAUCAAACUCGACCAAUUGGCGUCAUACGAUCGCACCAACCCCGCCACCUUCACCAAGGCCCCCAUUUCUGACCUCGAGGAGCUCCAAGGCGACCCAGAUGCCGAGACCCCACCCGACUAUACUCUCAGAGUAUACGUCUCCGACCCUCGCUCCCACGACACCUCGUUGCUUAACAAUGGCAUCGCCGAUAUUACCCUCAUCGAUGCCCCCGGCCUCAACCGCGACUCGCUCAAGACGACCAGCCUCUUUGCCCGCCAGGAGGAAAUCGAUGUUGUCGUAUUCUGUGUCAAUGCCGAGAACCACUUUACUCUGUCCGCCAUCGACUUUCUUCGUACCGCUGGUCGCGAGAAGGCUUACGUAUUCAUCGUUGUCAAUCGCUACGACCAAAUCAAGGACAAGGCCCGUUGCAAGCGCCGUGUCCUCGAGCAGAUCAAGGCUCUCAGCCCCCACACCUAUGCCGACCGCGAAGAGCUCGUUCACUUUGUCGACUCGCGCAGUGCUCUCGGCAAGAGCUUGACUGAUGGUGCCGACCAACAGGGCGUCAUGGAUGCCGCCUUUGUCUCGCUCGAGUCGUCCCUCCGCUCAUUCGUCCUUCUCAAGCGCUCCAAGUCCAAGCUCAUGCCCGCCCAGACCUACCUCAUGAAGCUCUUGUCCGACCUCGAGCUCCUCGCAGCCGCCAACGCGCUCCUCGCCAAGUCCGAAACCGAUGCUGCCAAGUCCAUUCUCGAAAAGACCCUUCCCGUUUUCGAGGGUCUCAAGGCCCAGCGCCACGCCAUGGAGGCCGAACUCGAAGCCCUCGAGGAGAACACUGUUCACGCCGUCGAGGCCGAGGUCAAGAAGACUCUUGGUGAUGCCUUGUCCGAGGUCGCCAACGGUAAACUCGAUGCUGGGUACGAGCUCCCGCCCUGGCGUGGUGUCCUCAACGCAUGGGACUAUGCCCAAGAAGUCCGUGUUUCCCUGUUGGAAAGCAUUGAUCGCGCUGUAGAGCGUGUCGAGAGCCAGGCGAGGAUCACGACUUCCGAGGCCGUCCAACAGGUCACCCAGGUUGGCGAACGUGUCUUGGCUGCUGCCCCCAAUGGCGCUGCCGCUCGUCAACCCCGUGUCUUUGUCCCGGCUGCCAUGUUCAACCGUCGCGGCCGUGGUGCCGGUGCCGCUGGAGUGGGAAUCGGUCUCUCCCGCACCCCCGAGUACACUCAAUCCACCAUGGGUGACGUCUUUGACUUUGAACACUGGCUCGAGACGUACAUCCUCCUCCCUGCUUCAUCCACCGACUCGAACACCAAGAAGAUUGAAGAUUCCACCACGGCCAUUUCGAUCGCUUCUCUCGGUCUCGGUGCUGCCACCAUGGUCGGAACCAAGACGUUUGGUCUUCGCAGCGUGGUGCAAGCCAUCGAUCUCCUGGGCAACAAGAGUAUCCGCGCCUGGGCUGCACCCAUGCUCGUGCUCGCCGUCGCUGGAGGCAUCUCGUACCUCAUCAUCGACCUCCCAUACAGCAUCCCGCGCACCGUCGGUCGCCGCAUCGUCAACUCGUUGCAAUCGUCUGGAAACACGACCAAGGUCGGACUCGACCUCACCACCACUACCACACCCAACUUUAUCGAUGGCCACGCCGCCCGCGUCUCGCGUGAAACACGCAAAGUCCUUCGCUUGGCCGCAUGGGAUGUGAGGGAACGGUACCGCACAGCCGAAGAAGGUACCGGACGGGCCGUCAAGGAGGCUGAGCUCGUACAGAAGCGCGCCCAAGUCGCAUGGGACUUUUUCAUCUCGAUUGGCGAAAAGGUUGCUGGCGUUGGGAUCAUGGGCGGGUUGAUGGUCUAA